AUGGACAUGGGAAAUCUGUUAGAUGAGGAUCAAGAAGUGCAGAGUCCUUACAUAGAAAGUACGAUCAUUAAUGAAAUAAAGGCGACAGAAAUUGAAGAAGGUCAAAAAUACAAAGACAAGAACACACUAAAGACUAUACUAAGCAUUUACGCGAUCAACAAUCAUUUUCAGUUCAGAUCUUACAAGUCGUGCAAAAUUGAGUACAUAGCAAUAUGCAAUGAGCCUGGCUGUGAAUGGAAAUUGAGAGCGUCGAGAAAUAAAAAAUCAAGUGUAUUCAUUGUGCGAAAAUUUAACAAUGUACACACUUGCAAAGUUGGGGAAAGGAUGGCCGAUAAAAGGCAGGCAACAUAUGAUUUGGUUGGAAACUUCAUAAAGGAUAAGUACUCAAACUUCAAGACUGUUUACACGCCUGCCGAUAUUAUUAGAGAUAUGAAGAAGGAAUAUGGAGUCGAACUAAGCUACCAAACAGCAUGGAGAUCAAAAGAGAGGGGAUUAGAGCUCACGAGAGGACAUCCGGCUGAUUCAUACAAAUUGCUGCCUUCUUAUCUACACGCGCUGAAAACAACAAAUCCCGGGUCUGUUGCUAAAUUAGAAACAAGAGAAGACAGAUUUCUUUAUGUUUUCAUAUCGUUGAAUGCAUCAAUUAAAGGAUGGGGUUUUUGCAAGCCGAUAAUUGUAGUCGAUGGCACGUUCCUCAAAGCAGCUUAUGGAGGAACUCUUCUAACGGCAGCGACUCAAGAUGCAGUAAAUAAGAUUUUUCCUCUUGCAUUUUGUGUGGUAGAUUCUGAAAACGAUGCUUCGUGGGAGUGGUUCUUUAACAAACUUAGAGAAACAUUUGGCGUGAGGGAAGGAAUGUGCAUUAUCUCGGAUCGACAUGACAGUAUUAAAAAAGCAAUUGAAAACGUAUUCCCGGAAGCACAUCAUGGGAUUUGUACAUACCAUCUUUUCAACAAUGUCAAAGCAAGAUAUAGAAGAGCGAAAGGUGAAAUCAGAGAACAAUUUUUUAGGGCAGCCAAAGCUUACACGAUUGAGCAGUUUGAAAAACACAUGGCUGAACUUGACAAAUUUGACCCCAAGAUAAGGUAG